AUGAUCAACAAAAGUACAUCAUCGUCGGCUAUAAAGAGGGGCCGUCAGACGAGGUUGUCAGAUUUACAAUGCCAUUUAUCAUCCUUAACAAUACUGAUCCCUUCCUUGCCAACGUCAAGUCUGAUUUCGACUUGGAAAAAUACAACGAAUACGGUCUUCCGCUGGAUAUGGAAAACGACCUUCGAGGAAAUUAAUAAGGCAUACAAUCCAGGACUGGAAUGGGAUAUAGUAUUGGCGGAAGACGCCUACGAAGAAGCACUCAAGGCACAUAGCAUACAAGAUGUUGACCUGAAGAUCAGAGCGGCGAAGAAAUUCCUAAAAAGUGAUAACAGAACACUGGAAGAGAAGGUCCGCCUAACCUUGAGACAUCAUAUGGCGAGAAGAAAAAUGCAACUCCAAGCGUUUGCCCCGUGGAACACUCUACGGAUGCGACGGCAUUUUCAACACAAAGGGAGGAGACAACCUCAUGGUGGUCGCUUGCCUCUACAAGAAGGAGCCAAUUUCACAGCUGUAAAUGUAUUCUAG